AGUGGAUUUGUUUUAGCAAAACGUUAGCUUUUGCUGAAGACGAAUAUAGCCUUUAAAGGAUUCAGUCUAUAAGCCUUUUUGGAACGACUGCUACCUUUGUAAAACAGUUAAUGGCAUACGCAUAACAAGCUCCGGUGUCCAUCAGCAUGUCCGUGAAGUCAGAGGGAGCCCAGCGGAAGUGGGCGGCCGUGAGGGGCCGCCUCGGCUCCUCCCAGGACUCGGACUCCCAGCCGGAGGCCAACCUGGAGAGCGCCGACCCAGAGCUGUGCAUCCGGCUGCUGCAGGUGCCCACGGUGGUCAACUACUCGGGCCUGAAGCGCCGUCUGGAGGGCAGCGACCAGGCAUGGAUGGUGCAGUUCCUGGAGCUGAGCGGGCUGGACCUGCUGCUGGAGGCUCUCGACCGGCUGUCGGGGCGCGGCUGCUCGCGCAUCUCGGACGCCCUGCUCCAGCUCACCUGCGUCAACUGCGUGCGCGCCGUCAUGAACUCCUCCGCUGGCAUCCACUUCAUCAUAGACAACGAGGGCUACAUACGGAAGCUGUCGCAAGCCUUGGACACCUCCAAUACCAUGGUGAAGAAGCAGGUGUUCGAGCUGCUGGCUGCCCUCAGCAUGUUCUCAGUGGAUGGCUACAACCUGGCCUUGGAUGCGCUCGACCACUACAAGGGCGUGAAGACUCAACAGUACCGUUUCAGUGUCAUUAUGAAUGAGCUGCAUGCCACUGACAACGUGCCCUACAUGGUCACCCUCCUCAGUGUCAUCAAUGCUCUCAUCUUCGGGGCCGAGGAUUUACGGCAGAGGGACAAACUGCGGAAGGAGUUUGUCGGGCUACAGUUAUUGGAUAUAUUACCCAAAUUAAGGUAA